AUGAUAAAUGCUGAUACUAUUUAUACCGAGGAUGGUGAUAUAAAUGGUGGUGAUAAUGAUGAUGAUGAUAAUGAUAAAAAUACAAUGAUGAGGAUGAAUUCCACUGUCAUGGAUUCCACUAGGACAGAGGAGGCUGGAGCCUCAGAGAAGAGUAUUGAGACGUGUAAGAAGGAUGAUAGAAAGAUAGAACAAAAUCCUGUGCAGACAUCGAGUUCCACUGUCAUGGAUUCCACUAGGACAGAGGAGGCUGGAGCCUCAGAGAAGAGUAUUGAGACGUGUAAGAAGGAUGAUAGAAAGAUAGAACAAAAUCCUGUGCAGACAUUGAGUUCCACUGUCAUGGAUUCCACUAGGACAGAGGAGGCUGGAGCCUCAGAGAAGAGUAUUGAGACGUGUAAGAAGGAUGAUAGAAAGAUAGAACGAAAUCCUGUGCAGACAUCGAGUUUCACAGACAUGGAUUCCACUAGGACAGAGGAUUCAGGAGCAUCUUCAGAGGAGAGUGUUAGCAAGGAUGUUGUCCAGACAUCGAGUGUAACUGGUAGAGACAAAGAGACCAUGGAAGAAGAUGAGGAGAGCUCGGAAGACGAAUCAGGAAUGAGUGAAGAUGAGGACAUGAUUGCAUCGUGCAGAGACUUCUGUGCGUCAGCUGUUGCUGACGCACUCAAAGCUGUUAAUGCUCUGGAGGCAAAAGUUAAUUCAAGUGAAGAAACAAAUCUCAUCAGAACUAAUUCAUUGAAGGUGGAUAUCAAUAACAUAAAAACUCAUUUUACAGUAACUGAGAACGAGCGCAAGAAAGAGCAAGAAGAAAUUAAAGUAUUGAAGGAGGAAUUGUGUCAAGUACGAAGACUUGCAACGGAAUCCGAAAUGACAAAACAGCUACAAGCAGUUAAAGAUGAUGAAAUUGAAACCCGACUAACAAACCUAGAGAACGUUAACAUUGGAACUUUAAUUAAUGAUAAAGUAACAUCAGCAUUUAAAAGUUUCGUCCAGGCAGGCGUCGGGGGCUUAACAGGAGUCACCAAUACAUACUUUUUUGCAAUUAAUCCUGCAGAUUUAGACGUUAGCAACACUUAUAACGAAGGCAACACUGAAAACGAAGUUGAUAUGCCCUCCAACGAACAGAGAAUGACUGACAUUCCGAGCAAGCUUGACGAAAACAGUGAAAGCGAAGAAGAAGUAGAAGAAACUGAACUAGAAGAAAUGGAAGAAAUGACGGAAGAGGAACAUAAAAGGACAACACAUGAAGAAUCACUUUUCAUAGACCAAUUCCCAUUACGAAGAAGUAAGAGGAAGAUUAGCAUAGAAAUGCAGAAUCAGAAAUACAAAGAUCUACUGAAGAAAAUAGUUACUGGUUGCGAGGAUGGACUAAUGAUGGUUCACACAGAGAAUAAAGGUCGUGGUGUUAUAGCCACUAAAAAAUUUCAACAUGGUGAUUUUGUCGUGGAAUAUUCCGGAGAUUUGAUCGGUAUAAAAGAAGCUAAACUACGUAAUGCAGAAUAUUCCAAAGAUCCGUCUAAAGGCUGUUACAUGUACUUCUUCGAAUUUGAGAACAAGAAAUACUGCAUAGACGCGACAGCUGAAAGUGGGAAACUAGGUCGUCUGCUGAACCACAGUAAAACCAACAGAAACUGCCAUCCAAAACUUGUUAAUGAUAAAGGCAAGCCUUACCUUAUAAUUGUCGCUUCCCGAGACAUUAACGAAGGGGAAGAACUGUUGUAUGAUUAUGGUGAUCGCUGUAAAACAUCCAUAAAAUAUCAUCCAUGGUUGAAAUAUUGA